AUGGAAUUACCUAAUGGUACAUAUCUCACUGUAGAUUUUCACUACAACAAAAUGUUUGCACCAAACACAUUAGUGUACUUAGACCCUAUUAGAAUUACUCAUGAAAGAUUGGCAGAGGGUAUUAGAAGAAUCGACAAUGAUGCUGAUUAUUUUGAUUUUAUUGAAGAUGGUUACAUGGCUAAGAAUGAGCUAAGAAUGAAUGUCUACAUGGACCACCAAAAUGAACCUAUUUUUGACUGGGCCGAUAAGGACAUGUUAACAGGUGAUGGGGUGUAUGAGUUGGUAGAAGAUGAUGAUACAUACUCACAUAUUUCAGCUAUAAUAGAAUGUGAGAAUGAACCUGAUGAAGAGGUGCAUACUUUUGACAAAACAGUUGAUGAUGAAUUUUUGAACAAGUUGUGUGGUAAAUCCAUUCUUGAUAGUAAUCAAGAAUAA